CUGAAGUAACUUUAAAUUGCAUUAAUUUAUGCAGAUAAUUUCAUUAGGCGACCAAGAAAAAUGCAGGUACACGAAGGGGGAGGCGAGGGGAGAAGAAAUUGGAAGUAAGAGCAGAUCGAAGACCCGGAAAACGUUAAACGUGAGCAGCAUUUUAAUUAGCAGAAUAUGUUUGGUGUUUUUUUUUUUUAAUAGGGACGAGCUAUCGAUUCACCUGUUUACAAUCUAUGAAACUUGUUUUAUAGGAAGAUGGAAAUUUGCCAAGUAAAUGGAGAAAAGGAAAUCGAUGUUCUGUAGAUGACAAACGUUACAACUAGGUUAAAUUCUGUAUUGUUUUUUUUUGAACAGGGGCCAACUACUAUGUUGAGAGAAUUGCAGAAAUGCCAGAAAACACAGCGGUAUGCAAGCUGAUACUAAUAUGUAGCACGGUGAAUGCACGAUGAUUGAAAGUCUAGUGUUGCUAAAGAUGACGUCACAGAAAUCGAGGCCAGUCGCUGUGGAUGUAAACAGCACAUUUUAUAUGAAGGGCGAAGUUUUCGACGUAUAUACUAAUUUAUAUGGAAACCAUUAUUUUUACUUAUGUUCAAGCAACAAUGAACAUGUGAACACUAUAAACACACUAAAACAUAGAUUUUACUGACAACAAUUUCCAUUAUUUUGUCAACAUCUUGGUCCUCCACUGUCAUCACUCGUUUAUUUGUUUCCCUGUUUCCUUUUUAAAAAACGCAGGUGUUUAUUUAGACCUGGAAACAAUAUAGCUCACUAAAUUAAAAAAAAAAAUCGAAGUGUUAAAUAUACCAACUGGGAAUUUCGUGUGACUCAUCGCCAACAUGUGUUCACCCUCCCAACUUUGUGAUGUCACUACGUAAUCUGUUUCCCCCUAAACACAGGUGAUGAUACUGAAGGCAUGUUUAUCCUUAUCUAAUCAGCUGACUGCUGUAAACACCAAUGAAUUCUGGUAUAUUAAUUGGCUUCCAGCUCAGACCAGUUUGCAUGCGAGAGCAUUUUCGGUUUCGAUUUCGGUUUAAGUUUAAAUCUGAUAACACAGGAAACUCGUCAUCAGUUGGUGUUAUAUUUGCCCGAGCGUGUGUGUUGCAGCAAAUAGAACAGCAUGGAGGAAGACAUACAGAUGUUAGUUCCCGUGUACGAGUCUGUGUUACGCAAGGAGCAACAGAACUUUAACAACGAAGAGAUAUCGCGUGCCAUUAGGGGUAUUGUAAAGGCAUACAAGAAAAUACACAGUAAUGCACCGAUAUCGAUUGUGGAUUACAAUAUCGGCACCUAUCGAUUCGCUUAUAUAUAUUUGUACGCUCUGUGCCAUACUGCAACCGUUAUGAAACACCUGAAAAUACUAAAAGAAGAGAGAUUCGAGAACUUUCGAGAGAUGUUGAAGUUGGGGGAGAGUAGUUUAAACGUGUGCAACUUGGGAGGAGGGCCCGGUUGCGAGGUGGUGGGCAUACUGAGCAGAAUCGGGGAAAGUGAAGUGCCUGGAAGAGUGAAGUGCGCCAUUUUGGAUAUGUGUCUCGGAUGGAAGAAGUCUCUUGUUUAUGUUAUGAAUGCCUUCGUCAAGAGCGAUUUAGGGAAAUACUACCAAUCCAGGUUGAAGUGCAAGUUUCUAGAAGCCGACCUGUGCAAUAAUUUGAGCUCUUCUGCUGCUACUACAAUUGAAGGUGCUGAUUUAGUAACAAUGGUGAAAUUCAUAUCAGUUGUGUCCUACUAUUAUCAAGAUAAUUCGUACUACUUACAGAGGAUUUUCCAGUUAAUGAAACCCGGUUCUUAUUUAUUCUUCCUGGACAAUUCUACUGGUGGAUUUUUCGAGAUGGUUUCGGAAGUAGCAGAAGAAAACCAAUUUGUUUUAGUGUUUCAAUGUAAAACUUACCAUAGACAGAAGCAACAAAUGAGGUUUUCCACGUACAAAUUCGGUACAAAAUCUCUACGAUCAUCCUCUGUUAUAUUUGCCGUGUGGAAGAAGAAAGAAUCAAGCAUGUGUGCGUGCCUUUGAUCGUGAAGUGCGAACAAUUAGAAGUGAAGCUGAAACAAAAAAUGUGCCAUAUAUUUAUUAUUCGUAGUAGAACAUAAAUUCAAAUAAACCAAUUACGACUGCUGUUUUGUAUCCACGUGACAAAUUCUAAUCGAUUUCAAACGUCCUCUUUUAUUUGUCGGUUAGAAAUUUUGUAAUUGAUCGACUAUUUGUCACGUCAUCGACUGAUUAUUCGUCCAUACAAGUACUAUUGUAAAACGAAUACAAAUGAAUCAACGAUUGGUGUUGUUUGUAUCCACGUGACAAAGUUUAAUCAAUUAUGCGUUUUUAUUUGUCCGUUAGAAAUUUUGUAAUCGAUUACUCCUUGUCACGUGACUGGGAUAUCAUUGUAUAAUGCUCAUUUAUACAUUUUUA